UAUAACCAGGAGGACCAACAGCAGGGCGAAGUGCUGGGCGUUUGGUUUCUGCUGCUUUUGGCAGAUUUUCUUCUGCGCUGGCAACGUCUGUGAAUCAAUUUUGCUUAUUUCUGGUGCUUAAUACCCACACACGUCAGAGUCAUCCUUCCUCAAAUUAAAUCGUCCCAGGAGCUAUCUAACAGCAUUUGAUGAAUCUCUGCACAGCCUGAGAGAUAACUUAUGGAUGCUUUUGAGGGAAUUCACAGCGUCCAGAUUUCCUCUUCUCCACCUUCUUCAACUUCAUCGAGCCCGGGAUAUGAAGUCCUCAAGGCGGGGAUAUCUGGGAUUGCAGUAUACUCCUCUGCAGUCUUCUUUGGCACACAAAAUGUGCCUACGGUCAGGCACAAGUCUGGCAAGGUCACCAAGGAGGAAGCCUGUGUUGUUGGACAGUUGGUAGAUCUGGAUCCAGAGCCAGAGACCAGAAUGGAGGGAGGAGACCAGGUUGGGCCCACCUCAAUCCGAGGCCAUGGCCAGCUCUCCCGGCUUCGCAGCUCCUCCCUGGAGAUCAGGGAAAAAGGGUCAGAGAUCCUCAGGGAACAGCUGGAUGCUGCAAAGAAGGAACUGAAACUAAAGGACAAGGAGUGCGAGCGUCUGUCGCAAGUUAGGAAUCAGCUGGAGCAGGAGCUAGAGGAGCUGACAGCCAGUCUGUUUGAGGAGGCUCACAAGAUGGUGCGUGACGCUAACGUGAAACAAGCAGCUUCAGAGAAACAGCUCAAGGAGGCUCAGGGGAAGAUUGAUGUUCUGCAAGCAGAAGUGACGGCACUCAAGACUCUGGUGUUGACGUCCACACCUUCUUCACCAAACCGCCAGCUGCAUCCACAGCUGCAGUCAUCGGGUACCAGGGGAUCGUAUAAAUCGCACAUCCGAAACAAGAGCGCCAGCGGUGCAUUUCCACUCUCACCUGCAAAAAAAGAAGUUUCCUCAGUUUCCAUUCAGCCUGUGUCCAAAGAGGACCGAGAGAUGGACUCCAUUUUAUUUGCUGAGUUUUUGAUGUGGAAGGAAUGCCCGAGUCUGGACCGCUCCUCUGCCUUCCUGAGUCGUAUUUACAGAGAAGACAUCGGGCCCUGCCUCUCCUUCACGAGAUCAGAGCUGUCUCAGCUGGUUCAGAGCGCAGUGGAGAACAACUCUCUGACCAUCGAGCCUGUCGCCAUGUCGGCAGUACCGAUGGUUAAAGCCUCAGCUAUAGAGUGUGGAGGUCCUAAUGGCUUUAGGGCUGCAGUAGAGACAAAAUGUGCAUUAAGUGGCCUGUCACGGCUUUGCAAACAUCGCAUUAAACUUGGCGACAAAGAGAGCUACUAUUACAUCUCACCUUCCAGCCGAGCACGGAUCACGGCUGUCUGCAAUUUCUUCACUUAUAUCCGCUACAUCCAGCAGGGCCUGGUGAGACAUGAUGCGGAGCAGAUGUUCUGGGAAAUCAUGCGUCUUCGUAGAGAGAUGAAUGUGGCCAAAUUAGGUUUCUACCUCACUGACCAGGGCUAGGCCGGUACCUGGAGCACCCAACAAGAGAGCAUAGCAGUUACAGCCUUGGGUAACUGUGGCAACGCACACGUCUUUGAUCAGGUUGAACAGUGCUGCAGCAGAGGUCACCAGCAAGGGAAGCAAAACGUGUUUGUCACUUUUGGAAAUGCAAUAAAACGAUUAGAAUCAAACCAGCACUCCAGGAAUGACAUUAAAGUCCAUGUUUUGUUUGAUGAUGUUAUUCCCAGACAUGUCGGAGAGGGUUUUUCUGUUGCACUACAUUCCCGGAAAAUAACUGUUGUCCUCCAGAAAGUGUGGAGAAACUUCUUACUGAAUCACCCAUGGAACACAAAAUUUCUCAUUUUUACACAAUAGACUGUGUGUCCUGAUUAAGGCAUUAGCCUGCAAAAUAAUGAGCACAAUCUUAACCUCAAGUAUUACAAAUAUGUGGUGUAAUAGUUUUAUUGUUUCCACACAGCAAUGAUUCAGUUUGUUUUCUUUGUACUUUCAGUUAUCAGCUCAGACACCACAGCCCAGACCUUCAUUCUGAGCAUGGCCUUAAUUUUGUUGGUACACCUCCUGCUCUGCCUUGUACAAAGACUUAACUUAGUCACCUUCAGCUUCUCGUUAGCCCUGUACCUAAAAAUCAGAUGUAUUGUUAAUUAUUACCCACCCAUGCUCAGAAUAGGGAGAGCUUUACAGUGCCAGGGGAAAAAAAGCUUUUAAGAUGUGAUUGAGUUUUGCACAUCUGUAGUUAACAAUAUGAACAUAAAGUAAAAGCCAUAAUUGACUUUGCAUGAAUGCAGAACAUAGCCAUAGUGUAUAUAGGUUGUACCUCAUAUUAUAGAUUUAUUGUUACUGACUUUUUUCUUUUUUUCUUUAAAGAUUUUUGUUUAAAAAAAAAAAAAAAGGUAAAAAUAAAGUAUAGCGUGUCAGAGCGUGCAAUAACUGCUUCUUAGCCUUAUGCAGGGCUUUGAGGUUCCUGACCUCAGUGUACUCAUAAUCACCUGUGUAAAAACUCCAUUAAACACGAGGUAUUGUAUACCAGCUAUCA